CCUGGCGCCUUCAUUUGUCCACUCGUACUGUUCACAUUUCCUAUAUCAGAAUAGAUCUGUGCGGUUGACACUUCCAGGAUCGGAUGUCAAUCCAAAAUGCAUUCAUGCGCAUCUUGGUCUUUGCGUGUUUCUAUUUAUACCGGACUGGGUCUCUGGGCCUCCCCUCACUCAGACACUGUUGGCAAUGACCAUUGAUUUGGAGGAGACGGGGUUCCCCCAAACAGUCCAGGACGUCGAAAGUGUGUUUCUGGAUGACUCCGUCCCCAACUUUCGGAAAGCACUUCAGAAGACUCGGCACCAUGAAAUUAUCAAAUUGACGAUUUCUGCCAAGUUCCCUUAUUCCUUCUUUUCCCCCAUUCCUGCGUAUGGGUGGUAUUUGUGGACGACCUGGACAAAUGUUGUCUGCGUUGCAUACGCCUCCGAUAUUCGAUUCAUCGAUUGGUACAGAUUGUUUUCUGCCUCGCUUCUUACAUCCAUAAUUCUUUGGUUCCUUCUCCUCUGGUGUCAAUUCGCCUCUCUGCCCCCCCUGCAACGGAUCUACUGGUGGUGGUCUGAGAAGUUCAAUGGGAAUGUUGGGCUCAUAAACCUUCUUACGCCACAGCUCUUCAAGGGUCUACUCCCAGCACAAAUUGCUGCCGCCGAUGAUGGUCUUUCUCUUCCUGAGGCGAUAGAACCAGCCGGAAGCACUGCUCCUUUGGUUCGCGAGUUCAACCUUGAUGUUGCCAAACUACUCCUCCAGAUUUCGGCCGUCGUAUACGAGCGAAGGAGCGAUGCUAUCUACGAGUCCGUCGCGAAAACUCAUGGCGGUACAUUCAAACGGGGGAAACUUGAUGCAGAUUUUCAACACUUCCGCGAAGCCAUUGGUUCAACCUUUACUAAAAUUGAUGAUGCCACCAAGUCGAAACUUGGAUGGAACAAGCGUCGAUGGGGUACGAAUAUUAUCGAGGACUUCUGCAAAAGGACAGGACUUUCUUAUGCGCCGAUUAGCGAAUUGAACUCUUCGACAAGUGCUUUCGCCUCUUUCUUCUGGAAAGGCGGAGGAAAUUGGAUCGUCGUGGCAUUCAAAGGCACUGGUCCCAUUGACUUCCCCGAUUACGUAACUGAUCUGACAUCACGAUUGGUGCAUGCGGAUGAGGUCCUUCCAAAGUUCAAGCGUGAGGACCAGCUCCACAAAGGCUUUAGGGACCGAAUUUGGCCUAAUAAUCUGGUAACUGAUACUGAAAUCCAAGGAAGAAAGAAAUCUUGGGAGCAAAUUAGUAGCUUGAUCGUUAAACUUGCUGAGGAUCUAGUUAAGCAUCAACCCGCGGGUGACAAGAUCAACGUGUGGUUCACUGGACAUUCUCUCGGUUGUGCAUUAGCUGGUCUUGCGUAUACCCGUGCGAUCAACAACUUCGCGGAGGACUUUGGUAAUGCUCCUAUCGUGAUUCGUGAUGCAUACGUAUUUGGCUCUCCUGUUGUUGGUAAUCGUUUUACGUCGCAACGGUUCAAUCAGGUCAUCAAAGGACAAAAGGAGAUAAAGACUUUGUGGAGAGUCACGAAUCACGACGAUCUCGUCGCCACAGGGUAUGUGCCACGUUUGUUUCUCUUCUUCAUUGGCGAACACAGCGUCGUUUCUAACUGCGCUGCCUUUACUCUUACGACAUGGAUGUUUUGCUCUAGUGGUCCUCAACUCGGUGAUAACCCUAAUUUGCCGCUUACUCCGACGAACCCUGGUGGACUCGCUCAUAUCGGCGCAGAGAUCCGGAUGUUGGAUUAUGACAAGCCCUCUCAUUUCGCUGGUACACUUUACGAUGCGAACACUAUCGUGAGGAUCUGGAGUAAAUUCACCGCGGAAGAUUUGAAGGAACAGCGAGCGCAACAGCUCUUGCAGCAUCCCGACUGGGAGAAGAGGGUGGGUUGGGGCAAUUUUGUCCAGCAGAUUCCAUUGCUUGGGAGGCUCUUUGCCCAUUCAGCAGGUCUUUAUUGGAAUCAGCUGGCCGCUUUGGCUCCGAUUCGCUGUGUGUGGGUGCAGGGCUGGGACCCCGUCGACCCGUUCUCCAAGCUUUAUACCGAAUCUAUCAGUGGAUGAUCUUCCUUGUCCUAGAAUUUCAUGUAACCGAGAUAGACACUUGGUGGCCUAAGUAUGUGACCUGGUGGUCACGCAAUGCAUGUGGAUGAGCCGAGAGGCCGGAGUACUCCUGCCUACUGUAGGAUUCCG